UUGGGUGUGACAUAUCGUCAGGCUUCAAACUAUGGAACAAUGACAUGGGAACACCCUGUCUGACGGUUCACCUGUAGUGUAUAAAAACUGUGGAGAACCUCAGGAGUUUUAGUAUCAGAAAAACAGAACCUGGCAGAACAGAACUGCAGAGCUCACCUGAACAACACGAUGAAGGUGAUCUUUUCRUUCGCUCUCCUCUGGACCAUCACCAGCACAGCUGGAGCCCUGCAGUGUACCACCUGCACAAAUCAGGACUGUUCAACCACAUCAUCACUACCAUGUACCUCAGGCGAGACGAUGUGUAUAACAGCUUCCAUUCUAGCGGUUUCAUCUGGAACACCAGCACAACAGAUCUACAAGGCGUGUGCAACAUCCUCUCUGUGUCCAGUCACAGGCAAUCAGAUGUUUUCAGUCAACCUGGGUGUCUCAAGUGCAACUGCAUCUGCUCAGUGCUGCAACUCAGACAACUGCAACUCACAAACUCUUAAUUUUCCCAGUGCUGGAAGCCCUAACAGUCUGCAGUGUACUGCUUGUAACCCCAGUACUUCUGUCUGCUCCAGUAUACCUUGUUCAGGACAGGAGUCUAACUGCUUCUCAGCAACCGUGACAAAUAAUUCUGUAACAACACCGGUGUUUGGCUGCAUAACUUCAAAUAUAUGUGCUGCUGCUGGUCARCUUAAUACAUUACCCUUCAUGGACAAUGUUGGUAACAUCACCAAUGGACCAAACUGCUGUGCAACAAGUUUGUGCAACAUUCCACUUACAACCACCACAUCAACACCAACAACUACAACUUUAGCUACAACUACAACAGUAACUACAGCACCCAUAACGCCAACAGUAACCACAACUUCAGCAACAACAACCUCUACUGCAGCAACAACAACCACAACUGCAAAAACAACUACAGCUCCAGCAACAACAACUACAAUGCCAACAACAACAAUCACAACUUCACCAACAACAAUCACAAUUCCAACAACAACCUCAACUGCAGCAUCAACAACCACAACUGCAAAAACAACUACAGCUCCAGCAACAACAACCACAAUCAACAGCAUCCACAACUCCAACAACAACCACAACUCCAACAACAACACCCACAACCCCAACAACAACAACAACCACAUCUUCAGCAACAGCAUCUACAACUCCAAUAACAACAACAACCACAACUCCAACAACAACACCCACAACCCCAACAACAACAACAACCACAUCUUCAGCAACAGCAUCUACAACUCCAAUAACAACAACAACCACAACUCCAACAACAACAACUACAUCUUCCACAACUUUAGCAACAGCACCCCUAACUGUAACAACCACAACUUCAACAGCCACAACUCCAACAACAACUUUAACAAGCACAACUUCAGCAACAAAAACCACAUCUUCAGCAACAGCAUCUACAACUCCAAUAACAACAACAACCACAACUCCAACAACAACAACUACAUCUUCCACAACUUUAGCAACAGCACCCCUAACUCACAACUCAAACAACAACGAGCACAACCCCAACAACAACAACCACAACUCCAACAACAACAACAGCCACAACUUCAACAGCCCCAACUCCAACAACAACUUUAAUGACCACAACUUCAGCAACAACAACCACAUCUUCACAACAACCACCCCAACAACAACAACAACCAAAACUCCAACAACAACAACCCCAACAACAACAUCCAUAACUUCAACAGCCACAACUCCAACAACAACUUUAACGACCACAACUUCAGCAACAACAAUCACAUCUUCAGCAACAGCAUCCACAACUCCAACAACUCCAACAACAACAACCACAACCCCAUCAACAACAGCCACAACAACCACAUCUUCCACAACUUUACACAACUCAAACAACAACGAGCACAACCCCAACAACGACAACCACAACUCCAACAACAACCACAACCCCAACAACAACAACUACAGUUCCAAAAACAACCACAACUUCAACAACAACCCCAACAACAACAUCCACAACUCCAACAGCCACAACUCCAACAACAACUUUGACGACCACAACUUCAGCAACAACAACCACAUCUUCAGCAACAGCAUCCACAACUCCAACAACUCCAACAACAACAACCACACCACAACUCCAACAUCAACUUUAACAAGCACAACUUCAGCAACAAAAACCACAUCUUCAGCAACAGCAUCUACAACUCCAACAACAACAACCCCAACAACAUCCAACAUCAGCAAACACAACCCCAGCAACAACAACAACAACUCCAACAA